AGCAUAAUUUUCAGAAACACUGGACUCAUGGUUUACUAAAAAAGCUAAAUAGCAAGAAAUCUAACUGCCAACUCCAUGCAGUGCAUUUGAGCCACCUUUUCAGGUAAACACACCUCCCCUCUGUCCUCCCCCUGACUGUCACACACUCACUCUACAUUCAGAGAAUGCCAUUUGAGAUAUUUUCAGGAGAUUGGGUGUAGUGUCACAGAGAACCCGCAUCGCUAGCUAGAGAACUGUCGAUCAACCUGAUACAGGAGGUGCAUGUCCACACAAACAACUCCAGGUUGGAUCCUGUUAACCCUACCUGUCUCCAGCAGCGCAGGAUCUUCGGCAGGUCCCGUUUCAGUGCCCAGGAAGAACUCACUGAGAAACACUGUGACUUUGGGGGACUGCCAGUACAUGUUGGGUUGUGACAAUUAUAAUUAUCUUGCCUCUAGGUAAUGGUGUUGGAAUCAGUCUGAUCUGCGCAACUACCUUCACUUUUCCAGACAGACUUUUCGGACAGGGCGCUGGCACAGGAAGGCCUGAACCUUGGACGCAUAAGCGCUGUACGGGGUGUUGUAGUGCCAAUGGCUCGCCUGUUCCCUUGCACUCACUUUGUCCUACUGUUACUGCUGCAGCUAAGGUCCCCAUCUGCAGGUGCACUAGAGAUGAUAGAUGGCGCACAUCGACUCACCUGCGACCAGGGCCUGACUGACUGCAGUGUAAAAGAUGUUGCCCUUCCUGGCAUGAAGGGUCCUGUGAAAGUUAGCCGGCUGGAGCUCAGCGUGUUUCUGUGUUGCAUCAACGGCCAAUACUGCAAACCCUGCCUGCGAGUCACAGUCUUCUUCACAAUCAAAGAUAAGAAUGAGGACCAGGAAGUGUCUGGUGACUACGGUGACGAAGAUGACAGCUCUAACCAGAAGGAAUUAAGAGAAGAGAGUCUCCUAGGGAUGCCACGCAGCACAACAGCAGCUUCUGUAACCGUGUGUUACAGCUACCCAAACAUUUUGAAUCGCUGCAAAGAAGUGACAUUUACAUUGAUCCAUUCAGCUCUGGGGGACCAGCACCCCCCUGAGCUGAGGCUGUCCUUAUUGUUGGAGCCAGAGCCAGUACAAUAUGGAAGUCCAGUCAAUGUCCACGCAUUAAAUACCUCAGUUACCACCACUAUCCCCUCCUUAGAAGAUGUUUGUUCCCCAGACCUAGAUAGUGUUGUGAAAGAAUGUGAUGUGCCCAAGCUCAGAGCUGUGAUUGAUAAGAAGAGAGGUGUGGCUGUGCUCCAACUGGACAGUUCUAACAAGACACCGACCAGUGACAUGGGCAUGUGCCAGAUGUUCGGGACUGGAGAGCCUUGCAGAUACCAGAAUUGGAGCCAGAGAGAGAUGAGCAUUCCUUUGAGGUCUAUAGCGCCCUGUCUGUGCUUUCAGGUUUGGUGGAAGGGACAGAAUCUACGCAGAGAGAUCUGCCCUUUCAUGAACAACAAAGAGCUUUUCAGAAGAAUGUGGGACAACAACGUGUCCGUGUCAGUGGAGGAGGCUCAGAUGAACGUGGGGAACGGCACAGUGCUGAGUUGGAACGUGACUGCCCCCUGUCGCCUGGAGGGGGAACUGUGGCUGUGUAGAAAGGGCUCAGCGGGGGGGCAUUGCGAGGAGUUGAAGGGCUCCAGGCAGAGGAUGCACAAGCACACACAUGCCGGGUGGACGCGCACUCUCCACGGACACUGGUUGUUUUUUCAGAAAAGAGGAGUGUUCAUCAAUGUGAACCCUCAUCCUGCUCUGUGUGUCCAGAUGAAAGUACAGGGGAUGGAUACAAAGCUGGAUCCCUUGUGUCCAUUUGCAACACCACGGAACCGAUGGCUCCUGACUCUCCUGAUAGGGCUGCUACUAAUCUGUUUGGCAAUACUUGGGGCCUACGUCAUACAUGGUGCCCUCAAAGGAUACGUGUGGAGAUGGUUGAAAGAUGAGGACAUAAAAGGUGCAGUAGGAGGUGGCCACAUUGUGUUGCUGUACCCUCCUGACAAUGAUCAGGCUGUGCUGGGGUUGGUGUGUCGUCUGGGCUUGUCCCUCUCCUCUCUGGGCUUCAGUGUAUCUCUAGACCUGUGGAGCCAGGCUGAGCUCAGUGUCCUGGGACCAGUUCCAUGGCUCCACUCCCGGCUUGACCGCCUGCAGAGACAGGGGGGGAAAGUGGUGCUGGUGCUGACCCAGGCAGCCUGGGAGAGGGCUGAGGAGUGGGGCAGCCGGGGCAGCCGGGGCAGCCGGGGCUGGGAGAGGGAUACUCUCUGGGGGAGGGGGUGUGACGAGGAUGGGGAGUCAGCGGUGGGGUGUCGUUCUCCGUAUUCGGAUGUCUUCAGUGCCUCGCUCAGCUGCAUUCUAGCGGACUACUUGCAGGGCCGCGCCGGCGAACGCUUCACCCUCGUGCAGUUUGAGUCUCUGCCUCCCGGCAGCUGCCGCCCCCUGCCUGAGCUCUUCAGGGGGCUGCCGCUCUUCAGCCUCCCCUCCCAGAGCCUGGGCUUCCUGACUGAACUGGCUUUGGGACGAGGUAGGGGGGCAGCAUCAGGGCGACGAAGGCGGGCAGGGGGGCUCAGGGCAGCCUCACGGGCACUGGCUGGGGGGCUGAGAGGGUUUGUGGGGGGUUCGGCAAUGUUACUGCUGGCCGGGCUGCCCCAGGACUGUGUUGGUGCAGGGGUUGAGGACCCCUGGGAGUCUGUGCCGCUGCAGCCGUGUCUCACCACCCCACCGUCCAGCCCUGACAUGCCCAAGACCAGCGGGAUGGACUGGGUCUAAGAGGGCAGGAGAGGCUGGGGAGGAACCAGGGGCCUGUUCCGCAGGAUGCUAACUGUGGCACUGACAUACUAUAAUCCGAUACUGGACAUUAGGGCUUCAGGAGAUGGUGGUUUGAAACUGUAUCUCAUGCACUUUUGGAGCUACUGUCCAAAGUAGAGCAUGACUUGUUAAUAUUGUAAAUGAUGCACUUUUGUGGUCCUGAAAAACUACUGUCAACUCCAUUUUAGAGAUUGCUCAGUUUGGCUGGGCGGCCAGCUCUAGAGAGGUUCUUGAUGGUUCCAAAGUUCUUCCAUUUAUGGUUCCAAAGUUCUGUCCUAUGUACAGUGCCUUCAGAAAGUAUUCAGUCCCCUUGAAUUUUUCCACCUUUUGUAACAUUACAACUUAAAUCUAAAAUGAAUGAAAUAAAAACAAUUCCUCAUAAUGACGAAGCUAUAACAGGCUUUUAGAAAUGUUUGCAAAUAAAAAU